AUGGGCGCAGGUUAUUUGCAUCAAUUCGAAAACGUGGCGGUCGCGAGAUUUUCCAUCUCCGGUUUGCUUUGCUUCAAAACGGAAGAAGAGAAAAGUUCCGCUCUCGUCGUCGCCAGUUCGUCCCUACAGCGCAGCGACAGCCAAGCUUCACUGCUCAGUGAAAGCAGACGAGGCGCCUCGACCCUCGGACGCCGCCAGCCGAGCCGCGACCGGCGGCAAUUGCAGGCGAAAAGCAGCGGCGGUCGAGGCGGCGGCGGCGACGACCCUUCGCAGCAGGCGUCAGCGGCGGCCUUUCAACGCAGCCGAAUCCCGGUGCUGGUCAGAGGCAGAAGCGAGUCGCCAAAGCGCCCGGAUUACCUGCGAACAAGUGCAAAAAUCAGAGCUGCCAAGUCGCACGAAAGUUUGCAACUCAGCGGAGCAGCCGGGGAAUAUUUUGCAGACGAAGACAUCAAGGGCGGUCAUCAUCGCUGGGGUCGAAGACCGACUGGUUUCGCACGGGUGAGACGUCACGACUGCAGCAACCACAGCAACUCCAGCCACCUGCUGAAAACGAUGCCCAACUUCGGGGCAGUUGCUCGUCGACGUCAAAUCACCGCCGAAUCCGCCUCCCUCAUGGACAACACAUCCAUCGCAUCUUACAACACCACGGCAUCAAAUCAAUACUACAUGCAACAACAACAACAACACUUUUCCAAUAACCAUAAUGCAAAUGCCGGGAGAAUGAUGGCACCGUCACGUGCCACCAUGCGGAAUCUCCUGAUGCAGACGAGCACCAAAAAGGUGGCGGAUGCGGAAGCUGCGGUGGGUUCGCCGAAAACUGUUUGCGGGUUCGUGGGUUCCAGCAGUGUGGUGAGUGCCGAGAAGAAUUACCGACAAAACAAGGCGUUUGAAGAGCGGAUGAAGAAGAAGCGACAAGUGUGGGAAGAGCGCAACCAAAAGAUUGCAGAGAAAAAGCUGGAACUUCGAUACCUCAGAGACGAAAGACGAUUAGCGGAGCUACGGAAAAACGAAUUGAUCAAAUCCAUCACUACAAUGCAGGAUCAACUGAACCGACGUAGAACUGAGCUGAACCACAAAAUUUCAUGCAUGCGACUCGAACACGAAAUCGGUGAUCUUCGGAAACGACUGGAGAACAUGCGACUUCGACUGGAUGCAGAAAUCAGGAUAAAGGACCAAGCAGAACUCGAAGUGCGUGAAAUUCGAAAUGAAAUCUCAGACAAGAAGCGGAUGCUCAAUGAAAUUCUAGCUGCGAUGAAACGCGCCGGUGCCUCGGAAAGUCACAUACUUUUGCUGCCUUCGUCCUCUUUGGCAACACCCUCGAAUGGGCCGAAAAUGAAUGGCCACAAAUCAGCAAAUCAUCAUCAAUACGUACUCGAAAUGACGAGUCGCAUCGACUCCAAUUGGCGACACGGCAAACGACGAACGAUCCCGAGCAAAAGCUUAUCAAAUUUGGCGAGUUUGCCGUCGGACGCGUGAAAUCAAAAAGAAGUUACCGCAAGAGAAAGGAAGAAAAAAAAGAUUUCUGCUGCCAAAAUACCCUGCAUUUUCAGAAUGUUUUUGUUUCUGAGGUGCUUAAUUUUUUCAUUGCUUGCGAUUUGAAAAAAAAGUAAUAAUGCUGCUUGGAAAAUGAAGGACGAUCCCGCAUCAUUACAAUAAAAAAAUAGGUCUUCCCUCGUGAAGAAUGAACAAAUACGUUUAAAAAAAUUCCGCCGCGAACUUUUUUCGAUAUCUUAUAAAGAUUAAUAAAAUCUCCCCAAAACGACGAAUACGUUUCAGCUCCUUGUCCUGAAUGUUUUCUUCCAGGUGUCUGAAAAAAUAUUUUUAAAAUUUCGAUUUAAAACAACAAAAUAAAUACUUUACUAUACUCACAAUAAACCGUCCCAAUGCUAGACUUCUCUCAAACGGUAUUUUUUAAAAAGUGAAGUACAGUACAGUUAAAGUGCAUUUGCAUGUGAGAUGAAUUAAGCAUGCGUGCAAACGUGAC